AUGCGCUUCCCUUCCCUCCCAACAUUCAUCCGCGCCUUCCACACCGUCACCAAUACUACCAGCGCUUUUCUCCGAUCGAAUCCUACCAGUAAUCUCGGUCGCACUAUCUACAACACACCGCAGCGCGCAAUUAUUUACCGUUCGAUGCCAAAUAUCCCCUUCUUGGGCGCUCUUUUCGGAUCUUCUAGCAGCAUGGCGGACAACACAAACUACCCGGUACAGAAGCCUGAGGGCGAGUGGCAAGCACAGCUAUCGCCAGAGCAAUUCCGAGUCCUCCGAAAGAAGGGCACUGAGAUGCCUGGUUCCAGUAAACUCGACAAACACUACCCUGACGCCGGUGUCUAUACAUGCAUUGGAUGCGACGCGCCUCUCUAUAAAGCAAACCACAAGUUCGACUCUGGCUGCGGAUGGCCCGCAUUCUGGGAUGCCGUACCUGGCGCUGUCGGACAAAAGCCCGACCCUGGUCUUGGCAUGAUGAGGACAGAGAUUGUCUGCAAUAAUUGUGGAGGUCACUUGGGACAUAUCUUCAAGGGCGAGAGGUUCGGAAACCCAAAGGAUGAGCGACAUUGUGUAAACGGUGUCUCUAUCAACUUUUCCCCGGAGGAUAAAAACUAA